GACAUCACCACAUGCCAUUCUUUCUUUCUCCACCGGCAACCAGUGGAAGAGGGAAGAAACGCAAAAUAAUGUCUUCUCUGAUGGGGCCUCACGGGGUGGCCUUGGCCACAGCCAUGGCGGUCUCCGGCACCGUAGUUCUCCUCGCCGUCUGCCGGCAAUGGCCCUUCCCGGCCCGGCAGUGCAAUCUUCGCUCCUGCAUCUCCUCUGAGGAGAGGAAAAGGGAGAGAGCGAGCAGCAAGAAGAAGAAGAAGGUCCGCUUCGCGGCGCAGGUGGUGGAGCUCCUUGGGGAGACCAGCGGCAGCAGCGACGAGGAGGCGGAGGAGGAGCUCGCCACCCUGCCACCGGAGUUGGUGCGGUCGGAGGAGGAGGUCCGACGGGGACGGGGAAUGCCGGCGAACCGGGUGGCCCUGUACAACGGAAUUCUCCAAGAUCGCUUGCACCGAAUGGCCUGUUCUUACUGAUUCCUUCUCUUCCCUUCUUCAGCGUUCCAGAAGUUUAACCCCCAAUUCUUUGUACAGAGAGAGAGAGAGAGAAAGAGAGAGAGUGGAGAAUCUGUUGCUCUUGCUGUCUGGCUUCGCGUCGGCUGACCGGCCGUGCUUGGACUGGAUGCAGGGACAAGCACUUGUGCCCUUAAAACUGCUUGUCAUGUACCGAACGAACACUUCUUUGUAUGGUGAAUUCCUGCUUCAGAAAAUCAAGUUGGAGCGGUGGAGUAUGAUGAUGACGGCUUGCGGAUAUGUUGUGGCUGCUUUUACACGACUGUCAAAAUUGUUGGAGCCGAACAGCCUUUGGGAAAUUUGCAGGGGGAAGGGUGCGGACCGAGGAGAGCCCGAUAGCUUGACCGAGAAUCAUCAUUAGGUUCCAUAUCAAUUAUUUUUCCGAUCGAGCGGCCAUCUUAAAUAAUUUUAAGAAAUACAAUUAAUUUGGUUUCC